ACGUAAUUACGUAGUACGUAUCUAAGCACGCAACGUGUCCCUGUUCUGUUGACUGGGAAGCCCCUAGCGCGGAGCUGCCAACGCCCGGCGUACAGACACAAACAGAGGAUACGAUCUUGAAUGAGUAGCGAAGACUGUAAAACACAGCCAUGCAGACCAUCAAGUGUGUUGUAGUGGGGGACGGAGCGGUGGGUAAAACCUGCCUGCUCAUCUCUUACACCACGAACAAGUUUCCUUCUGAAUACGUACCUACGGUGUUUGAUAAUUAUGCUGUAACUGUAAUGAUUGGAGGCGAGCCCUACACUCUGGGCUUGUUUGAUACAGCAGGUCAGGAAGACUACGACAGGUUACGACCUCUGAGUUAUCCCCAGACGGAUGUCUUCCUCGUCUGUUUCUCCGUCGUGUCCCCCUCCUCUUUUGAAAACGUCAAAGAAAAGUGGGUUCCAGAGAUCACCCACCAUUGUCCAAAGACGCCCUUCCUGCUAGUUGGCACUCAGAUCGACCUGCGGGAUGACCCGUCCACUAUAGAGAAGCUGGCCAAGAACAAGCAAAAGCCCAUCACCCCGGAGACAGCCGAGAAGCUGGCAAGAGAUCUCAAGGCUGUGAAAUAUGUCGAGUGCUCAGCCCUCACACAGCGAGGGCUGAAGAAUGUAUUUGACGAAGCUAUCCUAGCUGCCCUAGAGCCACCUGAGACGCAGAGAAAGAGGAAAUGCUGUAUAUUUUAAACUCUCUGUGCCACUGCUCUCAUUUCUUCCUCCUCUUACCUCCAUCAUUUCCUGCAUUUUUCAUUCAUUUAUCUCCUCUCUCUCCUUCCCCCUCUCUAUGUAUUUACAUGUUCUGCUUUUAAAAAAACCUGGACCAAUCUAAACUCCAGACAUCCAAUCACUAACCGAUCCAUCAGUCGGCUUCUGAUCUAACUGUAGACUCAGACCACUACUCUGUAGACCCAGACCACUACUCUGUAGACCCAGACCACUACUCUGUAGACUCAUAUUACUACUCUAUAGACUCAGACUACUACUC